AUGGAGGAUGUUGGGCGAGCACCCGCUGAAGCUUCACCUGUGCUUAACUUCGAGCCCACUACGAUCCCCACUCUUGACGGCUGGAUCGAGAGCUUGAUGUCCUGCAAGCAGCUGGCUGAAGCUGACGUUCAGAGACUGUGCGAUAAGGCCCGAGAAGUUUUACAGGAAGAGUCGAACGUGCAGCCAGUGAAAUGCCCUGUUACCGUCUGUGGUGAUAUUCACGGCCAGUUCCACGACUUGAUGGAGCUCUUCAAGAUUGGUGGACCCAACCCCGACACCAACUACCUAUUCAUGGGUGACUAUGUUGAUCGAGGUUACUACUCCGUUGAGACCGUCACCCUUCUCGUCGCCCUCAAGAUCCGAUACCCUCAGCGAAUCACCAUCCUUCGAGGAAACCACGAGUCCCGUCAGAUCACUCAGGUCUACGGAUUCUACGACGAGUGUCUUCGCAAAUACGGAAACGCUAAUGUCUGGAAGUAUUUUACCGACCUCUUUGACUACCUCCCCCUCACUGCCCUGAUCGACAACCAGAUCUUCUGUCUUCACGGUGGUCUUUCUCCUAGUAUCGACACACUCGAUAACAUCCGAGGUUUGGAUCGUAUCCAGGAAGUCCCACACGAGGGUCCCAUGUGUGACCUUCUCUGGUCAGACCCCGACGACCGAUGCGGCUGGGGAAUUUCUCCUCGAGGUGCGGGGUACACAUUCGGUCAGGAUAUCUCAGAAGCCUUCAACCAUAACAACGGCUUGACCUUGAUCGCACGAGCUCAUCAGCUGGUUAUGGAGGGUUACAACUGGUCUCAAGACCGUAAUGUGGUUACCAUUUUCUCAGCACCCAACUACUGCUACCGAUGCGGUAACCAAGCCGCUAUUAUGGAAAUUGACGAGCACUUGAAGUACACCUUCCUGCAAUUUGACCCUUGCCCUAGAGCCGGCGAGCCUAUGGUCUCAAGACGGACUCCCGAUUACUUCCUCUAA